CAGCUCACUGCAUCGUGAAAAUUCGUUUACAAUGACGAAGUUUUGUGAACCCUGCGGUUUAACAUUGUCCAUUGACAGCUACAAAUCUCAUAUACUUGGCAAGAAGCAUAAGCUUAUAGAAACAAAUUUGGAACAGAAGAAAAAAUUAGAAGAAACUGGAUUGUUUAUCAGAGGUGUACCGUAUAAUAUCAAAGCUGCGGAACUUCGCUCUAGAUUUGGUCAGUUUGGAGAUAUAUCUAAAAUUGAGGUGUAUGGAAGUAAAGCUUAUUUAAACUAUGUUGAUAAGAUAUCGUGUGAUGAAGCUCUUAAACAUAAACACAUUAUUAACAACAAAGUUUUAGAGGUGAACCGCAGAAAAUUUAUUUCAAAUUCACCUGGAUCCUCAGGAGUUGGUCAUGGACAAGGGCAGAAGAGAAGCUUUGAUAAUAUCCUUAAAAAUGCAAAGCCAUCACAGACAAAGAAUAACUUAGACUACAAUGAAGUCUUAAAUGCCAUUUCUGCUCCUGCACCAAUCAUUUAUCAAUUCUCAACACUGAAGAGCUUAUUAUUAGCAGGGAAUGAGAAUUGCCAUUCUAUCAUGCAAAAGAUUUGUUAUGAUCUGGAACUUGCUAUGAAAACAGUUUUCAGUAGUUGCAAGUUAUAUCCUUUUGGAUCAAUGACUACUGGUCUCGCUUUCAAAGACAGUGAUCUUGAUGUCUUUGCUGACUUAGAAAUCAAUCAAUCAAAUUGUCUCUUGCUGGAAGGAACUCAAAACACUGCAAAGAAAAUUUUUGACAAAGCCAAAAGCUGUCUCUAUCGAAGAGGAGAUAUAUUUACAAAUAUAGUUCCAAUUCAAGGUGCCAAAACACCCAUAAUCAAAUUUGUUCACAAAGCUUCCGGUAUCUCUUGUGAUUUAAGCUUCAGAGAUGCGGUUGGAUAUUGCAACAGUGGCCUUUUACGUCACUACCUUCAAAUGAAUGAAAGGUUUUUUGAGUUAGUUUUCUUUGUCAAAUACUGGUCUCGUAUGCAUCAAUUUUGUUCUACUAGUAAAUUCUCCAACUUUGCAUUAUGUAUGCUGAGUCUGAGCUUCAUACUUUCUCUGAAAGAUUCAAAGGGAAACAAAGUGGUCCCACCAGUUCAGGACUUACUCAAUACAGCUGAUCAAAAUGAUCCGCUCUACUAUGUUCAAGGUUGGAGAUGUGCUUUCAACACUUCUCCAAUCACUCUCGAUUUGCCAAGCACACCUAAUUUUACCAUGCCAGGGCUACUAAAAAGCUUUUUUGAAUACGUAGCUCAGUUACCAUUUGAAACAAAUGUCAUCAGUGUACUGACGGGUGAAUUAAUCAGUAGGAAAAUAUUUGAAGAGAAUCCAAUAGAACUCCCCGAGGCAUAUGAAUGUUACAAAACUCAUAUUGCUAGAAACCCCAUUGAAGUUCUGUGUAAGCCUGAUGAGUGUGUCGUGAUUCAUGACCCAUUCAAACUGAAUCAUAAUCUAACAGGAAGGGUUACAAAGGAGGUUCUUCAGAGCUUUACAUGUGCCUGCAAGGCUGCUGCUGAACUGUGUGCUACAGCCAUGGACAUUAAUCAGUCACAGUCAACUCUUCUUCACCAGCUAUUAAAACCGAAUCAACCUUUACCAAACUCAGCUAAACACUCACCAGCUAAAGGUUCAACAGGUAGAGGAAAUGUUGAUUCUUCUAAGGCUGUUGUAUCAAUUUCCUCUGAAAUGCCUGCAGAUUUUCAAGGAAAUCUUAUGGAAAAAAGCACUAGAUUUAUCGCUACCAUUUUAGAGAAACUCCUCUAUUUUAAAAUUGAAAAGACAAUAGUAGGCGACAGUGUUGUUGAAAGCAAAGUUUGCAAAACUGAUUUUGCGCAGGAUGUUCAUGAGGAAAACCAGACUACUGUGAUGAUCUGUCAAGGAACAAAAGAUGUUUGGAAUGGAAGGAAAAAGGCUCAAGCACUUCUUAAAUUAAAGGGUAUUUGUUUUCAAAACCCCCUGUCAUUUCAUGAUGAGUCAUGUGUUUCAUCACAUAUUGCUGAAACAAAUGUUGCCAUUUCUAACUUCCAUUUAGAAUGUAGAUUAAUGUGUUGUAAAGGAAAGCUGUGUGUUCAAUUUUAUAAUUUAACUGAAGGAAAACAAGGGCAUUUUAAUUCCUGUAUGUCAUUUGUGAAAAUUGUUAUUGGCAGAUGGAUUACUGAGUUUUCCAAAAACUUUUUAACUGAUGAUAAAAUAAUUUUAAAAUAAAAUAGUGCAGCCAAUGGAA